AUGUUGUUGAAUCAGCACGGCCAGUUUCCUAGAAAGAGCAUAGUAAGAUGUCUAGAAAAGAGAAGAAAAUGGGAGGGUGGGGGGAAUCUGCAUGGAAUAUACAUGUAUGUAUUCUUCUACGCUUUCUGGCAAGAUACAAUCAACCACCCGUUCAACGUCACUCUUAUCAAGACCCAUUCUGAAUGCCAUUGUUGCAACAACCUUUACUUCCAUUACCACUCUUAUUUUGUUAGAGCAAAAAAGCUUAUGUACACGGUUCCUAUUCUUCUUAAGAAGUCCAUUGUGGUACCUCUGCAGAACAGAAUCAGAUGUUCAUCAAAAUGUAAUUUCCGUGCAGUUGAGGCUUCAUGA